UUGCCUAGACGUUGAUUUCUGCAGUAACGUAACCAGGAUCCUAAGGUGUGAUGAGAAAGUUAGCAGUGGUCCAGUGGGUCAGUGGGGAGGAUGCUGGGAUGUAUAGCGAGGUAAAAACCGAUGCCAUACGUAAAUAUGAUGACACCAAGAUGGAUGAUGAUGGAUACCCACAUACUGACUAUUCAGCUGCAGUGGAGUGGAAGAAAGGGAAAAAGUCAAAACAUGGUUGGCCAGUGUACAUGGCCUCUGUCAAGUUUGUGAGCAACAAUCGAUUUCAUACUAAUAAUAAAAUUAAGGAAUUUCUGGGGUUGGAGUCUGAUGAAAGUAGCAAAGCACUGCCUAAGAAAAGAGCCUCAGUCCCACCAUCAAGAUAUACAGAUUCAGAUGAAACUGAUGUUGAGAAUACACCGACCCAAAGGAAAAAGACAGUGAUCCCCAAACCACAGAGAAAUGUUGCCCAAAUGAUUGUUGAUGAGUAUAAAGCCACAACCUUGACAGAGACUCAGAAGAAGCUGAAGGAAAUGGAGGAGGAAAACAAAAAAUUGAGAAACGACAACGAAAAAUUAAGAAGAAUGCUUAUUAGAGAGCUACCAAAUCUGAUUAAUGAAGUGAAGAUGGCUCUGAAGUCUCAGUGUUCAUCAACAACAUCAGUCAGCUCUGACUUGGAAAGUAGACAGGGUUUGCCACAGAGUAUUGCACAGCCCUCCCCACAGCCCUCUCCCACAGCCCUCCACCCACUGAAAGCAGUAUCCACAGAACAGGUGGAAAUUUGUCCUGGAUCAAAUGUAUUUGUUAACAGACUGGCAUGGGCUGUGGCCCAGAAUGCGAACUCCACCUCCUGUUUUGUAAGAUCACUCCUGACAGCAGUGUUCCCAAUUGAUGUGCUUCUGGUGAGCAAUCUUCGAGGAACAUCCAGGGAUUCUGGGACACAACGUCAGGCUCUUGACAAAAUGAAAGUGGAUGCUAUCUACAGAGCAACACUGCAAAAGUGGCCUCAUGUGGUGCCCUCCAGCAUUGGUGCAGCCAUCAAUGCCAAACUUACUGAAAUUAGAGCAAAGAAAAAAACACAAAAACAUCCGGAAACCUUAAUGCUUUUUGAUGAUUGAUGGCCAUGACAGUGUAUGUUCACAGUUCUAGCCUUUUUGCAUGUUUUGUUAUUUCCAUGAGCA